AUGCUAUUGUUUUUUGGAUAUGUUAGCGCAAUCUACCUUUUCCAUAUCGAUUCAAAGAAGUUUAUAGGUGAGUUACGUGAUAGUAACUUUACGCCUUAUCCAUUUUCAGGCCCAGUGGAUGAUGUUAGUAAUGCUCUUGACUACACAAUCAUUCAGCAUAACGUUAAAAAGGGCGAGUAUUUGAGAAUUAAGCAUCCGAACGGAACUCAAUCAUUGGAUGUUACGUCAGGAAGUAACAGGAAAGACUUGCCUUUUAUCAUUUACAACCAAAAUAACGCAAACUCCCAAGCUCUCAAACUGAAAUUGUUACACGACAAUACUUUUGUUAUAGGAUAUUAUGACCUUUGCCUUGUGUAUAAUGAUAAGUACAGAGGUUUCCAGAGUGGCAGCUGUAAUGAUAGCAGAUUAGAGAAAAGCAAAUUUGAUUUAUACUAUGAGAAAAAUGAGCUCGAUACAUAUCAAGUACAGGAAACUCACAAAUUACCUAUUAUACCCACUUCAGAUGGACAUAUUGAUUUUGAUGAAGAUAAUCUGGUUACAAUGUCUAACGAUGACUAUAAUAAAAACGAUUAUGACAUACAUGAUCUUAUGCAUCACCAUCACCACAGGCCUCAUGCUAUUGAAGUUUCAGCAGAUUUAUCUAAAGGGGACGUGACCUUCCUCGCGGAUGACGAUAAAGCGAUUAAAGACUCUGGCAUAAGAAUAGGCCACAGUGUUUGGAAAAGGAACAAACGACACAGGAACCCAUAUUCAGGUCUUUAUAAGCAUGACUAUGUCGAUUGGAAAAACUUUGGCAAAUCAAAUUCACCUUACUAUGAGAAUGGGCCAAAAAAAUUAAAGAAGAGAAGUAGCAGUAGCAAGGCCGACGAAAAUCCUCAUGCAAGAAAGAGACCAAGAAGAUCCGAAAAUUUGUACAAUGAAAGCAGCGAUGAUGACACAUCGUAUUAUGAUGAAUGGAUAGAUGGAAGUACCUCCUCAUCGCAUUUUGAUAAUGAAAGAGUGCAUCCAUAUGAUGAUGAUUGCCGUUAUUCAAAUAAUAAAAAUUGUAAGAAACAUCGCGACCACAGAAAAAAACGCGACUAUAACUGGGACAAUUAUUUAAGAGUAUAA